CGCACUGCGCAGCCACUCCCGACCCUGAGCGCUGUGGAGGACUGAGGAAGAAAGGGCGGGGGCGGGGCGGAGCGAGCGGCACGAUGGCGGAAGUGGAGUUCUCAAAUGCUACCCAUGAAGUCCUCAAUGUCACCCUCCACACCACGCUGUCCGUUACUACUAAACUGGUGGUUCCUACACCUGCCAAACCUAUCCUUCCAGUGCAGACUGGAGUCGAAGCUCAGCAAGAGGAGCAAUCCAGUGGCAUGACUAUAUUCUUUAGUCUCCUUGUAUUAGCUAUCUGCAUCAUAUUGGUGCAUUUACUGAUAAAAUACAGACUACAUUUCUUGCCAGAGAGUGUGGCUGUUGUUUCUUUAGGUAUCCUCAUGGGAGCAUUUAUAAAAAUUAUAGAGUCUCAAAAACUGGCCAACUGGAAGGAGGAAGAAAUGUUUCGUCCAAAUAUGUUUUUUCUUCUCUUGCUUCCACCUAUUAUAUUUGAAUCUGGCUAUUCAUUACACAAGGGUAACUUCUUUCAGAACAUAGGUUCCAUCACUCUGUUUUCUGUGUUUGGCACAGCAAUUUCAGCUUUCAUUGUAGGUGGAGGAAUUUAUUUUCUGGGUCAGGCUGAGGUAAUUUAUAAACUGAACAUGACAGACAGUUUUGCAUUUGGCUCAUUAAUAUCUGCUGUGGACCCAGUGGCUACUAUUGCCAUCUUCAAUGCCCUUAACGUAGAUCCUGUGCUUAACAUGUUGGUUUUUGGAGAAAGUAUUCUCAAUGAUGCAGUCUCUAUUGUCCUGACAAACACAGCAGAAGGUUUGACAAGAGAAAAUAUGUCAGAUGUAAGUGGAUGGCAAACCUUUCUCCAGGCACUGGGUUACUUUCUGAAGAUGUUCUUUGGCUCUGCAGCACUUGGCACUCUUACCGGCCUGAUUUCUGCAUUAGUACUAAAGCACAUAGAUUUAAGGAAAACACCCUCUCUGGAGUUUGGGAUGAUGAUUAUCUUUGCUUAUCUUCCUUAUGGACUUGCAGAAGGUAUCUCACUCUCAGGUAUCAUGGCAAUCCUGUUCUCUGGCAUUGUGAUGUCUCACUACACACACCAUAACCUUUCCCCAGUUACACAGAUCCUAAUGCAACAGACACUGAGAGCCGUUGCUUUCAUGUGUGAAACCUGUGUUUUUGCGUUUCUUGGUCUGUCCAUUUUUAGUUUUCCUCACAAGUUUGAAAUGUCCUUUGUCAUCUGGUGCAUAGUGCUUGUUCUGUUUGGCAGAGCAGUGAAUAUUUUUCCUCUAUCUUACCUGCUCAACUUCUUUCGUGAUCAUAAAAUCACCCCCAAAAUGAUGUUCAUCAUGUGGUUUAGUGGUUUACGUGGGGCAAUUCCAUAUGCCCUGAGCCUCCAUUUGGGCUUGGAGCCAAUAGAAAAGCGGCAGCUCAUUGGGACCACAACUAUCAUUAUUGUGUUAUUCACAAUUCUAUUGUUGGGUGGAGGAACCAUGCCCCUUAUCAGACUGAUUGAUAUUGAGGAUUCUAAAGCGCGAAGAAGGAACAAGAAGGAUAUUAAUCUCAGCAAGACUGAAAAGAUGGGUAAUACCAUUGAAUCUGAACACUUAUCAGAACUCACAGAAGAAGAAUAUGAAGCCCACUACAUAAAGCGCCAGGAUCUCAAAGGCUUUAUGUGGCUUGAUGCCAGGUAUUUGAAUCCAUUCUUCACAAGACGGCUCACACAGGAGGACCUACAUCAUGGACGCAUACAGAUGAAAAGCCUCACCAACAAAUGGUAUGAAGAGGUGCGACAAGGACCCUCAGGGUCUGAAGAUGAUGAACAAGAGCUGCUAUAGCAGGCUAGAGGAGGAGGACUGUAAUGGGUUUAUCAUAGAGCACCAAAAACUAGAUUUAAGUAACAAAAGAUUCUGACUGUACAAAAGCCCAGGGUAUUAAGAAUGAAGACUUCCCACUGCAGGUCCCACCAUGUGCUGUUGUACUUAGGUUUCACAGAACCAGAUACGCUCUACUUCAUAAGACCAGUCGCUGCAGGACCCCCUUACAGUAACACAAAAGCAGUAUGUGGGCUGAGGAUAGAGCCGUAUCUUUUAAUUCUGAAUAUCUCAGCACUUGUAAGUUUCACUCAGCCCAUGCAAAACUGCAUGAAAUAACCUUGAAGAAGAGUGUCUUCCACUCUGAUGUAAGCUGUAAAUUCAUGUUACAGUUCAGGUUCCGUAAUAUGGCUCCACAAAACAGAAUGAGUUGCACUUUAUUGUAUACUUUAAUACUCAUUCAUGUCUUGGGGAGUCAUGGUUUAUACUGUGAAUUUGUGCCAAUAAGAAUAAUUGAACCUUUGUCUGGAACAAAACUGUAAUUUGCAUAUUAUGGAUCCAGAAUGCAUAGUGAGCCCCCAGACAGGAAGCAGAUAUUGUGCAUGGACAAAAAGCACCAGAUCCUUUUAAAUACUCAGUGUGUCUGCCAUUGCUGUUGUUUUUUUAAUGUUGUUGAAAUGAUUUAAUCCACAGUACUUGCCACUGCUUAAAGUGUGUUUUAAGGAAAAAGCAAAGAACUGGAUUUGAAAUCCAUAGAUUUUUUUUUUACUUAUCCCCCCACCACACUCACUCCUGAAACUUAUAAAUGGUUACACUUUUUUAACAAAAAUUAUAAUAAAAAAGGGUGCUCCUAGCUGGCACUACAAGCUUUGAAUCUCAGGAAGCAGAUGUUUUUGCUUUGCCUAAAUUCAUGAAAUGUCCCUAACACCCAUGAGGAGUGUAGGGAGGUUUUUAAAUUCUAGAGGCACUAGUAGCAGGCUUUUCCACAUAGGUUUUCAUGGUGCACACUUACUGUGUUUCAGCUACAGUAAAUACAAAUUUUUUUGCCUAGUUGGUCAUUUGCACAUGCUUUAAAAAAAAAAAAAAAAAAACUUUACUGAGCAUUUUCAAUCAUGGAUCUGUUGUGUUUUUUUGGACAAAUAAAAGACACUUCAGGAAUGUAUUCCAAAAGCAUAACUGCUCAAAUUCCUAAAUAUGGAUUGACUUACUAGUUUUUUGUGUGUGUGUGUUUGGAAGCUAGUCCUGAUGUUUAAGAAAAAAAAAAACGCAGCAGUUUCUAGCUAAUCUCUCUGGUGAACAUCUGUACUUUCGAGCCACCGUUAGUGGUUACUGCAUCCCCUAAAUCAAUACAGAUUAAGACAAAUAGGGAAGUGGAUUAGAGUUUUGAUUCUCUUUUCUACAUACCCACUUUGAAACAAGUCUAGUGGCAGCACUUGAUGCUGGCAGCUUUCCAACAGCUGUAAAUUUGACAUGCUAAAGUUAGACAUUGAUAUCUGAUUAAUUUAGCUUUGAAGCAGAGCAUUACUGAAUAUGUGGGCCUCCUCAAGCUAUGCCCCAUGCAGAAGCAGAACUAUUAGAGAAUGUCUCCCUCAUUCGUGAAAGCACAAUGUGUGAUUUGCGUGAUGCUGCCGUUGAAAGGUUGAUCGUAUAGUCCAGCCCUCCUCACUUUAAUUUCAGACUCGCUUCUGCAUUUUCACUUGAAAACUAAUUAAUCUCAUUAGGAAAGAACACUUUUAGCGGGGUAACAAAUCAAGUAACCUCUCUGUGCUAAUCAACCAUGAAAUGCACUUUAUUUCUUACCCUUGUACGUGAACAGAAUUUGGCUUCAUGCUUUAUAGAACUUGAACAUGCUGUGUAAUGUGAGCAUGAAGGGGAAUGAACUCAGAUUGUUUCCAGUGUUGAGUACUGAAGAAUCACAUCUUGCUUGUUGUUUGGGAGGAGAACAGAUCUGUAAAGAAUCAUGCUAACCAGACUGAAGGAAACUCUAACAUUAGAUCUUUCUAACUAGUCCAGAGUUAGGGGUAUAUGCUUCAAAACAUAUUUUAGGAUGUGAAAACCCUAGCUGCAGUACUAUAAGAUAGGGGUGUGUGUGUGAGUGAGAGUGAGAAAAAUGUAAAUUCCACUUUAUAAUACUGCUAUUUCCUCAGGUGCCCAUCCAGAGUAAGCGCCCACUUGUAUGUUUUUUUAUGGGAUGUCACAGUUGCUCACAAAGAAUAGUUUAAGCCGUAGGGGCUAGGAACCUUUUGAGGUUGCUGAGUAUAUGAGGAUCUCUUUGCCAGAUUCAUAUGCUCUUGGCUUACAGGAGAAUGGUAGAAAUUGUGUU